UCACGGGGAGGUGAUUGUGUUUCGAAAGAAGAUGCUAUUGACAUGAAAUUUACAAGAUCAGGCAGUGCUACGUUGAACUGCAAUGUCCACAAGAAUUGUUGAGUGCAGUUCGGGAUACUGAGAGGGCUACUCCAAAACUGGAAAUUGCUUUCGAAGACCUUUAUAGACAGUACUCCGAAUCCUAUUGAUAUCUUUAAAGCUGGCGUGACUGACGGUGCAUCAUGGCGUGACUAACUGUUCAUUAUGUCGUGACUUUACCAUUUGUAUACACGAUAUCCCGUGAGACCCCUCGACAUCAUUUUUAGUUCGUGUAUACUCGGUCAAGGUAAUUUCAUGAGAAGUUAAACGGUUCUCUGCGACUUUCAGCUGUUGCUGUACAAGGCAAUUUGAUCCUGAGGUAAGUAAGUCUGACAGGAGACGUAUUUCUAAGUGUACGUUCUGAUGGAGAUCCUUCGUUCAUCCUUUAGCAGGAAAAGAGAACACCGUCGUUAUUACCUUAUUCGGAUUCGUCUAUCUAGUUGGUAGACUGGAGGAAGGUCGGCAGGUUUUCAGAUUGGCGAGUCUAGUCCUAGAGGAACCAAUGAUUUGAAGAUGUUUUAAAAAAUCAGCGGAUCAGUUCAAAUUUAAUUCCUGAUUGUGUUACGGUUUCAAAUUUUCUAUUUCAUAUCCAUCUUAGGCAGACUUCUGUUGGCCUUAGGCGAUAAAUUGUAGUUUUUUUUCGACUUCGUGUUUAGCUCCUAAAUUCGUAGUGAAGUUCUAAUAUUAAGAGAAAUGGAAAAAAACUUUCCCGACUUGAACACGACGGCUCAGCAAUUAAGUAUGCUAUGCUGUAACGCAACUUGCAGUAAAAUCCUAAUAGGGUAAAUAAAGGGCAAAGCAGAUACGUCCACACUGCUGCUGAAGUAAAUUCUUUUCACGUAAAAUUAUUCAUAUUGAAAUACCCGCGUCCAGAUCUGAAGAAAAUUAAACUACAAAUACUUCGGAUCGACGAAUAGGGCAAAACACAAACGCGGAUCGGCUUAUUUGCAUACAUCUCUGAGUUAUAGAAGAUCAAAUUAAAUUUACAUAUGUAAACGUCACAAUCCGCAAUGGACCAGAGCAAAACUGGUCUAUGAAAUAUUCUUAGAGUGGGAAAAGACGUACAUACUUAGAUUUUGUAUUUCCUACAGGCUAAUUUAUAUAUCAGUAGCUGCACUAUUUUCUCUAGCACUGAUACAGCUAUAUAUCCAAUAAUUUGUAUACAUGGCUGUCGAUAUGGGAAAUAAAAAGGAAACGUGAAAUGUCACGAAAUCACACAGCGUGAUAUUUACAUCGGUAAUGCUCAAAGACUUCGACUGUUUAUUAGAAUUUUCCUCUAUGGAAGAAAAUUCUGAGAAAAAUGUCAAUGAAAGAUUUCAAAAUAACUGUCUCCACACUUUGGCAAAAAGUUAUGCUCGGAGCUCUUUUAUUGUCAGCACAACAUGCUUGCCCUCACCCAUUUAGGUUAGACGGCCGACUGUAACCUGCCGCAGUUGAACUAUUUACCAUUUGUUGAAAAUCUUCACGGCUUUGAUGUUGUGAACACAAAGUUAAAUCUAUAAUUUAAUCAGUUUUCCAGAAAAGAAGUUAUGACAGACAGUAUUAAACUUCUGAUCUGCGGAAGCGGCAAUGGAGCCCAUGCCUUCGCGGGUAUCGCCUCAUCACAUGGGGGAACUGAGGUCAGAGUGCUCAGUUUGUAUCAAGACGAGGCUGAACGGUGGAGCAAAAUCAUGCAGACCGCUGACCUGGAGAUCACCUGCCACCGGCGCGACCAAGAACCGAGCAUCAUCAGAUCCAAGCCGGCUUUGAUUACUAAAAAUCCAGAGGAAGCUGUACGUGGUGUUGACAUUAUAACUUUAGUGCUGCCAGCAUUUGCUCAUCGGGUGUUUCUGGAGGCUUUAAAGCCGUAUAUCGAGCCGGGUGUGAUAAUUGUUGGUCUGCCUGGGGCCUCGGGACUAGAAUUCCAGGUUCGGGGAAUCCUGGGAGAGAAAGCGAACAUGUGUACGGUGAUGAAUUUUGAGUCGCUGCCUUGGGCGUGUCGCCUGGGUGAAUUUGGCAGGAAAUGUGAUGUACUAGGGACUAAGGAUUCAAUGGUAGGAGCUAUGCAGGCUGGAAGAGAUGCAGCACCAAAAAAAGACCCUGUUGCUACCCUACAGAGUCUGAUUGGCGACCACCCUCGUUUGAAGGUCUCCGGGCACCUUAUUGGGAUGACUCUUAUGAGUCCUAACGCGUAUGCCCAUCCUUCAAUCAUGUUUGCUCAAUGGGAAGGGUGGGAUGGGAAGCCUCUGAAAGAGGCGCCCCUGUUUUACACUGGGUUGAGUGAAUUAGCAGCAGAAGUCUUGUCAAGUGCCUCCGACGAGGUUUUAAAAGUGAGCAAGGCUGUCAGUGAAAAAUCUGGUGUGGACACAUCACAGGUAACGAGCAUCUAUGAUCUUCUUGUCAAGUUCUAUACUCACGAAAUUUCCGAUACUUCAAGCCUGCGAUCUUGUUUUUGCACAAACGCCGCGUACCAGGGUCUGAAGCAUCCGAUGAAAGAAAAUAUCAAUAAGUCCUUCGUACCGGACUUCUCUCAUCGUUAUCUGACAGAGGAUGUGCCGUAUGGACUGGUGGUCAUCCGGGGUAUAGCGGAAAUCGUACAAGUGGGGACGCCCACCAUAGACAAAAUUCUUCUAUGGGCCCAAGAGAAAAUGGGAAAAGAGUACCUUGUUGGGUCUAAACUUCAGGGUAAAGAUGUGCCUUCUACGCGAGCACCUCAGAGUUAUGGGCUGAUCUCGCUGGACGCUAUUUUGGGAAGAGCCUAGUUUGUGCUCCUAAGGGCGUCUUACUUUCAGUAUGGCUGGUUCAAGAAAUCAUAAACUGGAACACAAAGAUAGAAAAUUAUUGUCAUUAACCUUCAUGUUCCAUGAGGCUUUCACAGAAACAUUUUCAGGAAAAGAGGUGUCUGCCAGAGGAUAUUUUGAUUUUAGAACGAGUUUUUAUCGUGGAUAGGGUUUGAAUCUCAGUGAUAGGGUGUCGUAAACAAAAGCUGAAGGAAUCAGAACAAUUGAUUAUUUUUAUGCAUUUUUCGUUUGUCGCUGAACUAAUUUUCUAAGAGUUCACGGUAAAUAAAUGAAGACUGAUCGACUCACAAUGUUCGGUAAUGUUUGUGAAAUAGAGCGAAUCCAUCAGUUUAACUGUUGAAACGUCUCCAACUGGCGAACGUUUGUAAAAUUAAACUGUUGUUCCGAUUUUCAUUGCUUAACAAGUAAGAGCAAUGUCAUUGGCAUUAGUCAAUAUCAUUCAGCGCAUUAAAUGGUAGUCUAAACGGACAUAUCUUAGAAA